GGGCAAUUACUUACGCAGUAAGUACGGAGUAAUAUUUUAUAUUCUCCUUAAUCAGUAAGCUUCCAAAACUUUCUUAUAGUAUACUCCCAACUCCAAACAGCAAUGGGGGAGAAGAGCUGUUCUCGAGGAAAAUCGUAAUUUGUUAAGUUACAAUUGGUCUGAAUUUAUGUCUCGCUGAAAGCGUCAGGGAAUUUAGUCAAUUCAGCUCAAUUUCUUGUUUGAUUCUUCCUCAGCUUAUACGUUCUGUAAUGUCAGUGGCGUGUGGGGUGGAGUGUGUGUUUGUGGCAGGCUGCUUCCGGUGGGCUUGGAAGCGCUGCACCUAUAUCGGCUCCGACGACAGUGCCACGUGGACCGCCGCCACCGACGAGGAGUUCGACCCCAUCCCCCGUGUCUGCCGUAUCAUCCUCGCCGUCUAUGAGAAGGACCUCCGCAAUCCCAAGUUUCCACCCGCCGGCGGCUACGGUCUUAACCCUGACUGGGUGAUUAAGCGCGUGACCUACGAGAAGCCCCCCGAAUUCGCGUCGCCGCCGUACCUGAUCUACCUUGACCACGACCACCGCCAGAUCGUCCUCGCCAUCCGCGGCCUCAACAUGAUCAAGGGGAACGAUUACAAGCUCCUCCUCAACAACAGCCUCGGCAAGCAGAUGUUCGACGGCGGCUAUGUCCACUACGGCCUCUUGAUGUCUGCGAAGUGGUUGUUGAACGAAGAGUCCGAGACUCUGAGGAAGCUUUGGGAGGAGAACGGGAGGAGCUAUAAGAUGGUUUUCGCCGGCCAUUCCUUGGGAUCCGGCGUCGCGUCGCUGCUCACGAUGAUUGUCGUCAAUCACAGGGACGAAUUCGGUGGAAUUCCGAGGGAUCUGAUCAUCUGCUACGCGGUGGCGCCAGCUCGGUGCAUGUCUCUCAACUUGGCCGUCAAGUAUGCCGACGUUAUACACUCCGUCGUGUUGCAGGACGAUUUCCUACCUAGAACUGCCACUCCAUUGGAAGAUAUAUUCAAAUCCUUAUUCUGUUUGCCAUGCUUGUUGUUUCUAGUUUGUUUGAGGGAUACCUUCAUACCUGAGGGUAGAAAGCUCAGAGAUCCUAGAAGGCUAUAUGCACCAGGUCGAAUGUAUCAUAUUGUUGAAAGAAAAUUCUGCAGAUGUGGGAGGUUUCCUCCAGAAGUAAGAACUGCCAUCCCUGUUGAUGGAAGAUUUGAGCAUAUUGUGUUAUCUUGCAAUGCCACAUCUGAUCAUGGAAUUAUUUGGAUAGAAAGAGAAUGCGAAAAGGCAUUAGAAAAACUGAAAGAGGCCAGAGCUGGGACGGUUGUCACAAAUGCCCCUCAGGUACAGAAAAUGGAAAGACUGCAGACUUUAAAAAAGGAACACAAGGAUGCACUGGAAAGAGCGGUCAGUCUGAACAUACCUCAUGCGCUACCUUCAACCGAAGAAGAGGUGGCAGAAUCCUUAGGGAACCACAAUGAAGGACCCCAGAUGGUGCAGAUGUUAGGCAUACCAGCAAACUCCUCUUCUCAAAAGGAGAGUAGUAGCAAGGAAGGGGAUGAAAAGAAGGGUGAAGAGUCGUCGAAAUUUAAGACUAAAACUAACUGGGAUGAGUUGGUUGAAAAGCUCUUCAAGAAAGAUGAAACGGGGAAGAUGCAAUUCAACAGGGAUGUUGUUGACCAAUGAUUGGUUUGGAUUCUUUGGAAUGGUUGCCUAUAGCAUUUUUCUUUCUUUUUUUGUUCAGAUAAUUGCUCAACGAUUGUUUGUUACUUUGUUAAAUCAAUAUUUUUC